UCUCGGCCGAAAAAGUUGAAAAUUGAACGCGGGAAAAGAUUGAUCUGCAUUUAGUGUAGUAAUAAAAUAAAAAUGGGCUGCAUUGGAAAAGUAGCUGAAAUAAUUAACUUAUCGGAUGAAUCCAACUCAAGUUUUGAAAUGGCACCUCUUGGAGAGCGAAUUGGACUGGAAGAUACAAAACUUGAGAGCAAUAUGUUCAAAAUCAAAAGUGUUAAACCUGUUCAUUCAAUUUCAGACAGUAGCGAAAGUGAUAAUGAGCCAGAAAUCAUGUUACCUGAUUUGGAUGAUUUGUUAAGCAAAUCUCCAAUAUUGCCAACUGUUAAGAAGUUAAAUCAACCAAGUCUUAAGUUUGAAGUGACUUUGUCUGACACUGAUGAAGAAUUCAAGGAAAGUUUGGCUAAUUUACCUAAAAGACAAAAGAAAACAACUACCAAGGUGAUUGACGUAGAUAAAGCAGCAGAAAAGGAUAUAAAACUGAAAAUAAGAGAAGAAAAAAAGAGAGAGAAAGAACUAGCUAAAGCUUUAAAAGCUUCUGAAAAGGAAAUGCAGAGGAGCAAAAAGCCUGAAGAAUGUUUAAAGAGUAUGAAAGUUGUUGCUGAUCAUAACAUCAUUUUUAUAGAUGGCGCACAAGAUAUGUUUACGGUUUUGGAUUCAAAUGAUAUCAAAUACACAGUGGAAGAAAAUGAGGUGGAACGCUCAGUAAUUUGGUUUCGUACAGUUUCAGAUAUAAGUGUUGAAAGCUGUCGAGUUGUAAAAGAAGAAAGAGAAGAAAUUGAAACAGUUAUGAUUGUGCUUAUACCAAAUAAAGAUUUCUUAAAUAUGGUUCAUUCAUCUGUCAUGAUUUAA